AUUUGUUAUUCCACUGAUGUUAGAAUUCAGAUCUUGUUUCGCGUAAAACAUAGGUAAUACGCCGCAAUCUAGGAAAACAUAUUUUUUACAUUAGCAAUUAAUGCCAAUAAAUAAUUGCAUCAGCUCACAGAAGACGUAAUCAAGAGAAUUUCUAGAGUGUGCUAAUAUCAGCUACAGUUCAAAAUGCAACAGGAUAACAUUCUAGCUACGUUUAAAAUUUUAAUAAUAGGUGAAAGUAGUGUUGGAAAGUCCAGCUUAAUGUUACGAUUUACGGAAGAUGAUUUCGACAAGGACCAAGCGUUAACCAUUGGAGUGGAUUUUAAAACCAAAAUAGUUGAAAUAGACGAUGUUAAAGUGAAGCUUGCUAUUUGGGACACUGCUGGUCAGGAACGGUUCCGAACACUAACACCCAGCUACUACAGAGACGCGCAGGGUGCCAUUCUGGUGUACGAUGUCACAAAAAAGGAAACCUUUCAGAAGCUGGAAUCCUGGUUGAAUGAGCUUGAAAUUUACGGCACGAAGAAUAACAUGGCUAAAAUGAUUGUGGGGAACAAAAUCGAUUCGACGGAUCGGGCUAUCAGCAGGGACGAAGGCUUCCGCUUCGCAAAGAAACACCGCACACUGUUCAUCGAAACAUCCGCCAAAACGAAUGAAGGCGUGAGAGAUGCAUUUCAGGAGGUUGUUAGGAAGAUCAUGGAAACAGAUGGACUAUGGGAGCGCAAUGAAUAUGGCGACACUUUGGGUCUAAACAGCGCAAAUCCGAAUCCAGGAUCAUGCUCGUGCUAAUAGCUGGACGAACAGAUUACGCAAUAAGCCAUAAUUGUGCACAGCUACUCUCGUUUUCCACUAUUUGGGCAGGUUUGCCUGGCUGCAUACUCGGGAUGGGGCGUACGACGGAGCAGGAAUGUUUUUUAACUAAACUGUGUAGGUGGGAAUGUAAGAAUCUAUAAACUUGUGCAAAAGAGUAGCUUAGAUUUUAUUGAGUAGUAAUGUGAACCUUUGCGUUUGUUUUAAUGUAUCAUAUAACAAUCUGAUUUAUUAGUGUAAUAAAUAUAUUCAA